UGACAGCUCUGAACUGUCCCAUAAUGUUGGCAUUUGGCAACUCUUCUUCCUACCACACUUGUAGCUUUUUCAAAAUUAAUAAAAUAGAUAAAUAAAUAUUGAAAAUAAAGAAACUAUUAGAUACAUUAAACAGUUACAUACAUUUUUUCUUAUCCUUUCUCAUUCUGAAUUUCCGAAGUUUCAUUUUGUAGCAGAAACAGAAAACAUAAGACAUGUCUGGUCACUGGGGAAUUCUUGUUUCAGAUCCAUGUCUUCAGAAUCAGUUCACACAAGUUGAGCUAAGAAGCUUAAAAACCCAUUUCAUGAGCAUGAGGAGAGAAAGUGGGAAGCUUGUGAUUGGGGAUUUAGCUUCAAAGAUGUCAAGUUUGAAAGUUGUGGGAGAAAAUCUGAGUGAGGAGGAGAGAGCUUCUUAUGUUCAUGAUUUGUAUCAGAACAUUGAUGAGGAGGUUGAUUUUGAAUUGUUUCUGAAGGUUUAUUUGAAGCUACAAACAUUUGCAAGUUCUAGAUCAGGAAAUAGUCCAAAGAACUCCUCAGCAUUCUUAAAGGCAGCUACUACCACAUUGCUUCACACAAUAAGUGAAUCUGAGAAAUCAUCAUACAUUACACAUAUAAAUCACUAUCUUGCACAAGAUGAGUUUCUCAAGAAAUACCUUCCCAUUGAUCCUUCAACCAACGAGCUCUUCGAAAUCGUAAAAGAUGGUGUUCUUCUUUGUAAGCUUAUCAAUGUGGCAGUUCCGGGUACUAUUGAUGAACGGGCGAUCAAUACGAAAAGAUUACUCAAUCCAUGGGAAAGGAAUGAAAAUCAUACACUUUGCCUCAACUCUGCUAAAGCCAUUGGAUGUACAGUAGUCAACAUUGGCACACAAGACUUCAUUGAAGGAAGGCGUCAUCUGGUGCUUGGGUUGAUAUCACAGAUUAUUAAGAUACAACUAUUGGCAGACCUCAAUCUAAAGAAAACUCCUCAGCUACUUGAGUUGCUUGAUGAUAGUAAGGAUAUGGAAGAAUUACUGAAUCUACCACCAGAAAAAAUCCUGUUGAGGUGGAUGAAUUUCCAUUUGAAGAAAUCAGGGUACAAGAAGAUUGUUACUAACUUCUCCUCUGAUGUUAAGGAUGCUGAGGCUUAUGCACACCUUCUAAAUGUUCUUGCACCAGAAUACACUAAUCCUUCCACACUUGCAGUAAAAAAUCCCUUUGAAAGGGCCAAGUUAGUUCUUGAACAUUCUGAUAAAAUGGGUUGCAAGAGAUACCUAACUGCAAGAGAUAUAGUGGAAGGAUCCCCAAAUCUUAAUCUUGCUUUUGUAGCACAUAUUUUCCAGCACAGGAAUGGACUUACAGACCAGACAAAACAGAUUUCUCUCCUUCAAACAUUGCCAGAUGAUACCGAAGAUUCUAGAGAAGAGAGAGCAUUUCGUCUUUGGAUUAAUAGCCUUGGAAAUUCAACAUAUAUCAACAAUGUAUUUGAGGAUCUCCGAAACGGGUGGAUUCUUUUAGAGACACUUGAGAAGGUGUCACCAGGGAUUGUGAAUUGGAAGAAUGCCAACAAGCCUCCAAUUAAGAUGCCAUUUAAAAAAGUGGAGAAUUGCAACCAAGUUGUGAAAAUAGGAAAACAACUUAAAUUCUCUUUGGUAAAUGUUGCUGGAAAUGACAUUGUGCAGGGAAAUAAAAAGUUAAUAUUAGCUUAUCUAUGGCAAUUGAUGCGAUACAACAUCCUACAACUUCUAAAGAACUUGAGAUUUCAUGCCCGCGGGAAGGAAAUAACUGAUGCUGAUAUUUUGGAAUGGGCCAACAGCAAAGUUAGCAGCACAGGAAGUCAAAGCCGCAUCGAUAGUUUUAAGGACAAAAGUUUAAAGGAUGGAAUAUUUUUCCUUGAGCUUCUUAGUUCUGUGCAGCCUAGAGCUGUUAAUUGGGGUCUUGUAACAAAAGGAGUAACUGAUGAAGAGAAAAAGAUGAAUGCCACCUAUAUCAUCAGCAUUGCAAGAAAGCUAGGGUGUUCUAUAUUCCUACUUCCUGAAGACAUCACUGAGGUGAAUCAAAAGAUGAUCCUUACUCUAACAGCUAGUAUAAUGUCUUGGUUCUUAAAACAUCCUCAUGAAGAAAGGACUGUAGUGGGAACUUCAGAUAGUGAGAGUGGGAGCCAAUUGGAGACUACUUCAAAUUCAACACUAGAUGACUCUGCUUCUGAUUCAUCUCUAGAUGAAAAUGGGAACAUGUAAAUAUGCAAGAAGUCAACCAUUUUUUUUAUCAAUAUGAUUUAUAUUUGAACCCCUCGUUAUAGUUGUUGAUCAAAAGGUCAAUGUAAUGACACUAGGUAAUUUAUUGGUUUCAAAGAAAAUUUUGUUGAAGCAAUUGCUGUGUAAAUAUUGUUUUUUCCCCCCUCAGUUUGGAACCUGUUAUGUGGUGUGCCUUGGAUUGGCUCCUACAAUAAUCAGUUCAACAUCAUUUUAAAAAAAAUCAGUUCGACA